AUGGAAAUGUCUUCCUUCGUCCGCCUCCAUCACCUACCCUGCCGCCGACCGCACGCUCCCACCAACGUCCGGUUCCGCGCGGCCGCCGCCACCGCGACCUGCCGGUGGCCGCGCCUUCCCGGCGUCGCCGCUCCUCCCAUCCGCCUCCGCGCCACGGGCGCGGCGCGGCAGUUUGAUGAACACGAGUCGUCGUCGUCCCGCGGGGUAAAGGAGGAGGAGGAGGACAAGCAGCAGCCGCGCCUCAAGAUCGCCGUGGUGGGGUUCGGCAACUACGGCCAGUUCUUGGCGCGCACGCUGGUGGCGCAGGGGCACACCGUCCUGGCCCACUCCCGCUCCGACUACUCCGCCCCCGCGGCGUCCAUCGGCGCGCGCUUCUUCCCCGACCCGCACGACCUCUGCGAGUGCCACCCGGAUGUCGUGCUCCUCGCGACCUCCAUCCUCUCCGCGGAGGCCGUCGUCCGCUCGCUCCCCGUGCACCGCCUCCGCCGCGACACCCUCUUCGCCGACGUGCUCUCCGUGAAGGAGUUCCCCAAGAACCUCCUCCUCGGCGCCCUCCCUGAGGAGUUCGACAUUAUCUGCACGCACCCCAUGUUCGGCCCGGAGUCCGCGCGCGACGGCUGGGCCGGCCUCCCGUUCGUGUUCGACCGGGUCCGCGUCGGCGACUGUCCUGCUCGCCGCGCGCGCGCCGAGGCGUUCCUUGACGUGUUCGCGCGCGAAGGGUGCCGCAUGGUGGAGAUGUCCUGCGCCGAGCACGACGCGCACGCCGCCGAGACGCAGUUCCUCACCCACACCGUCGGGCGGACGCUGGCGCUGCUGGAGCUCCAGCCGACGCCCAUCAGCACCAAGGGGUACGAGACGCUGCUCCGGCUGGUGGACAACACCUGCAGCGACAGCUUCGACCUCUACAACGGCCUCUUCAUGUACAACAAGAACGCCACCGAGCUGCUCCACCGCCUCGAAUGGGCCAUGGACGCCGUCAAGAAGAGGCUCUUUGAUGGCCUCCACGACGUGCUCCGGAAGCAGCUCUUCGACUUCGAGGGCUCGGCGGAUCCCACCGAGGUGGUGGUGGAUGAUGAUGAUCUUGACACCGACAACGACGAGUCGGUAGAAUAAUUGAUCGCACCGCUCAGUGCCAUGUCGAUCUCUCGCGGUCCCCUUCUCAUCUUCCAUGUUGGAUCUUAUCCUGGCGGCCAAUGUUGGAGACGAUCGAGCGCACGGUAGUCUUGAUGCGUAAGAUCGACGAUGCUAGCUUAUUCAUAGAUCAUUGACGUGAA